UGUUUAUCAUUUCCUUCCAAUAGAACGAGGUUCUCUAUUGACAACCAUAUGUUUUGCCCUAGCACCCGACUCCACACAAUUUCCCUUCGCAUUUCUUUAUCAACAUUUUUACAGUUUAGGUCUGGAGAACCUUGAGAAAAACCGCCAAAACAUUUCUGCAAAUUCCAUUCCAUAGACGCCAUGCCUGGUGGAAGAAGAAGGAACCGCUUGAAAAUAGGAGGAAUCUAUAACAAAGGGAAGGAGAAAGUGAAGGAAGAUCAAAGCCAUAUCGUCUCAAGCAACAACGCCCAAGCGGAGCAGAAGAAUAAACAAGUAGCAGAGGUUCCUCACAUGAACAUAGGAAGCUUUUUUGGAUAUGAAGAUUCCGAUUCCGAUUAUUGCUUCGACUACGGUUAUGGUUAUGAAUAUGAUUCUGAUUCCGAUUACAGUUUGGGUUUCUACGAGGGCAUCGACUUAUCAAACCCCUUAAGCUACGAUGAUUUCACCAAUCCUUUCCGCUACGACGAUGAAGAUUACAACGGUGGUGACUACAGUCACUGGGCUGAGUUUUUUGCUUACCCUUUCCGUGGUUACCAUGAUGAAGAAGAAGAUGAAGAGGAAAAGGACGAUAAAUAUACCUAUGCGAUGGCUAUUCCCCAAAAAGAAGAGGACGAACAGACAGAGAGGCCAAUGAACAUCGGUGUGAUGUCGAAGCUUCCUUCAGAUGUUGUGUUCGACAUUCUCUCCAGAUUACCGAUCAAGACCCUCGCAAGCUGCAGAUGUGUCUGUAAGGAUAUGUGUUACAUUACUCACUUCCGUCGUUUUAUCAAAAUGCACCAUAAUAGAGCAACCCAAGGUGAUAUUCCUCCCAGUCUUCUGCUUCACGCUAGAUAUUGCAUUGAUGAACUGCGUAAUGAUAUUUAUUUGUUACAACAUGAUACUCGUUAUGAUACUCUUGAUGGCCGUGCUGUUUUUGCAAACCCCAAGUUUUUUCCCCCAAAGAAGGAGUUUGAAGUUGUGGGUUCCUGUAAUGGCUUGCUCUGUUUGUCUGAGCCAAUGUAUUAUGGUCCUCGAUUUGUCUGCAAUCCUGUUACAGGGGAAUACAUUUGUCUUCCGAAGCCUGAUAAACAUACUGAUUUUGACAUUGUAUCCGGUUUUGGCUUUGAUGAGGCUGAUAAUGAGUAUAAAGUGCUAAGGAUGUUGUUUCAUUCAAUUGAUCUCGGAUUUGGAAAUGGUACAUCAAGUUUUAAAUUGGAAGGUGAAGUGUACUCGCUUAGUUUGGGCAAAUGGAGACAUAUUGGAGAUGUGCCAUACCCCCUUCGUGGAAAAGCAUCACCUGCAUUUGUGAAUGGAUCUCUUCACUGGAUGACGGAUGAGUAUGGCUCUCUGAAUGUGCCAGAACUGAUCGUAUCUUUUGAUUUGGGUAGGGAGGAAUUCCAAGUUGUUCCACCACCUCCAGGCUUUGUUCCAGGUUGGCGGAGCCAUAGACUGAAUUUAGGUGUGUUAGGGGAACGUCUCUGUUUAUUUGAUUAUUCAAUCGAUCGGCGGCUUGAGAUAUGGGUAAUGAAGAAAUAUGGUGUGAAGGGGUCUUGGACUAAAGAAUAUAUCAUCUCACGUAGAGGUUUGGGACGAGACGAUGGCCAUUUUAUACCUUUACGAUUGAUGAAAAAUGGUGAGCUUUUGAUGUCGUAUAAUGGUGAAUGUUUAGUUUUAUAUGACCCUGUGAUGAAAAGAUUUAGGGAUAUUCAGAUCCAUGGACUUCCACCCCGUUUUGAAGCAAUAACUCAUGCUGGAAGCCUUCUCCCACUCCGGAAUGCUGUUGGAUUGGCAAAGAGAGAUAGAUUCAACUUGAGCUUCGGAGAAUGGUGCUCGAAAUUAUUUCCAAUUCCUGCCCAUGAAUCAGUAAAGUAUGGAGACAAGCAGCCCUCAGAACAUGGAUUGAACCCAGUUGGAGGGGACGAAGAGUACUUUCAAUUCUUCAAAAGGCUAGAAGAGGGGAACAGACUUCAAAGGGGAGAAGGUAGGGGAGAAGGUACCUCUAAUACUGAUAAAAUGAUUGAAGAUUUUGGUGCUUUCCUUGACCUUUUUGGAAAAGGAAUGAAUACUUCUGGUAGAAAUUCAAGAGGAUUAUCAGUAAGAGGCUGGGGCUGGGGAAGGGGAAGAGGAUGGGGAAGUGGAAGGGGAGGGGAAAGUGGAAGG